AUGUCCGACUACCAAAAUCAAUUGGAAGAGAAAAAGCGACAUUUACGCAAUCGCUGGACAAGUAGAAUUGAAGAAACUAUUACGAAAUUUGUUCAAGACUAUAAGAUUAUUUUAUAUCAAAUACCUAUUGAAAAAGAAAUCAUCCAUAUUGAAUAUGAUUUCUUUGAUCGAUUAUCCGAACUUGAAUUUUAUAAUGAAAAUUCAAAUGUGUAUCAAAAACAACUAUUUCAAUAUCUUACACAAAAGAAAUUUGAUAUGGAGAAAUCAAAACUAGAACUUGCUCUAUUAAAACAGCGUAUCACUCAUAAUCAUCUGCCAACAUCAUUUGAUAAACUCGAAAUAUCGAUACCUACUCCAAUACAUACAAUAAUGGAUACGGAGACAGCUCAAUCUCUAAAAGGUCGAUAUGAUAAAAUUUUACAACGAACAAAAGUUGAUAUGAUGCAGGUUUAUGUCGAAGCUGCUGAAUUUCGAGCAAAUCAAUAUCGAUUACAGUUUAAUAAUGCAAUGAAUAAAUUAAAAGAAAAUGAAUCUACACAUCUAUCUGAUAGAAUAUUAACUAAAGUUAUACGACCAUUAUAUUUGACACAAUCAUCAUCUAAACUUUUUCAUAUGUUGAGUAAAAGAUUAAAUUAUUCACUGAAGAAACAACAUGAACAGAAAUUUAUAUAUAUACGAUUGAAUUUAUUCGAUCAACAAUAUUAUCUGGAAAUUGAACAACAUCUAUGGCAAUCUUAUUUAGAUAUUGGUUUACAGGAGCAAAUAUGGCCAGAUGAACUCUAUAAAAUGGUUAAAACGACAAAUGAUACUAAAUUAUGUCACGAUUUUCUUGUGAAUUAUUUAGAAAAUUUGAAAAAACAAAUAAAUCAAUGUGAAUUACAAUUAAAUGAACAAUGUCAAUCGUGUCCACUGACAAGUUUGACUUUAGCUCAAAUUGACCAUUGUUUGAAAGAAUAUGUUCGUAGCGAAAGAAGUUAUCUAUCAAUAAGAAAUAAUGAUCAAUUAAUUAAAUUUAAAGAUUAUAUUCAUGAAAAAGAUGUCUUUAAAACAAUUAACACUUUUCAAUUAAGCAUAAAUUUGAAUGAAUAUUUAAAUAAAUUAAUAACCAUACGAGAACAACAAAGUGAAAUUUGGAAAGAUUAUCUUAUGUUAAAAAUGCGAAUUCUAUGUAAAUUUUUACCACAAAACUUUGAUCAUUUAGAAAAUUUUAUUGAGCAUAUAAAUUAUUUACCAUUGAACAAU